AGGGAGCCUGUCUGGCGGUCUCGGGGUGCAGAUGGGGAUUCCAGCCCGAGAGGAGGCUCGGCUGGCAGGCGGCUCAGGCGCUUCUUGGUCCAGGCACACUGGCUUUUGACCUGCUCCUUCUGCGUCUCGCUCAGUGCAUCCCGGCCUCCCCUGCCCACUGUUCUUAUGGGGGCCCUUGGAUUCCUAGGCAGAGGGGCUAUCACCAUCCUGACCCGGGUCUUCCGAGGAGUUCCCAGAGGGCUAUUUUUAGCGUUGGCUGCUCCCCUCUAACUCACCCAGGGGAGGAGCUGCGGUAACGGAGCAGGCGCUGCGCGCACAGAAGCCACGAGUUGUCCGCUCAUUGUCAGGGAUGAGUGGUGGAGGAGCUAUCAGACACCGCCGGGCCGCGGACACAGCCCGCCAGGUGGGCGUCUCAGAGGCGGCCCCGGACCGGUGGCCGCCCGGCGCCAGGACUUCUUUCCUCGUCCUGAACAAAGCCCCCAGCGGCCGACGAGCAGCCCCGCUGGCCGGUCCCGGACGGCGCCGGGUGGUCUCCGCAGGGGAGGAAGUUCCCGGGCAGCGCGGCCUGCGUCACAGCGGGGCUGGCACGGCCGACUCCGCUCGCCGGGCGGUGGCGGCGACCCCGGGGCCGGGCGCUGGGCGGCGCUGGCUGCCGCUGGCCCGGCUGCGCGCGGGGCGGCGCUGGAGGCGCGGGGCGGCUCCGUCCGCGGCCGGGGAGGCGGAGGGGAGGAGGGCUGCGGGGCUGGGGCGUUAGCUGCGUCCCGGCUCGGAGCCCGCGAAGAGGACGAGGAGGGAGGCGCCGCCGUGGCCCCGGCCGCAGUGCUCCGGGCGCGCCAAGCCAUGAGCAGCGGCCCUGCCGGCGACCCCGCCGUCGCUGGCCGCCGCUGAGCCCCAGCAGGAGCCAGCUCGCCGCCACCCAGCACCCUCUCCAGCCGGCACCCUCGCGCCCAGAGCUCCAGGCAGCUGCUGUUUGAUUUUCUGCCUACUCUGGAGAGUCAUGUAAAUGGUAUCAGGCAAUGUGGUCAUUUUGCGUGUGUGACUAGCUGCUUGUCCUGAGCAUAUAGAAACAUGAUUCCAGUGACAGAAUUCCGGCAGUUCUCUGAGCAGCAGCCUGCCUUCCGGGUGCUGAAGCCGUGGUGGGAUGUGUUUACCGAUUACCUCUCGGUGGCCAUGCUGAUGAUCGGCGUGUUUGGAUGUACUCUACAGGUCAUGCAAGACAAGAUAAUCUGCCUUCCGAAGAGAGUGCAGCCUGCUCAGAACCACUCUUCCAUUUCAAAUGUCUCUCAGGCAGCUGCCAGUACCACCCCACUGCCUCCACCCAAACCGUCUCCUACCAAUCCCGCCACUGUGGAAAUGAAGGGGCUGAAGACAGACUUGGACCUCCAGCAGUACAGUUUUAUAAACCAGAUGUGUUAUGAGCGGGCCCUCCACUGGUAUGCCAAGUAUUUCCCUUACCUUGUCCUCAUCCAUACCCUGGUCUUCAUGCUCUGCAGUAACUUUUGGUUCAAAUUCCCUGGCUCCAGCUCCAAAAUAGAACAUUUCAUCUCCAUCCUGGGGAAGUGUUUUGACUCUCCCUGGACCACACGGGCUUUAUCUGAGGUGUCUGGGGAGGACUCAGAAGAGAAGGACAGCAGGAAGAACAAUGUGAACCGGUCCAACACCAUCCAGUCCGGGCCAGAAGGCAGCUUGGUCAACUCUCAGUCUCUCAAGUCAAUUCCUGAGAAGUUUGUGGUUGACAAAACCACUGCUGGGGCUCUGGAUAAAAAGGAAGGUGAGCAAGCCAAGGCCUUAUUUGAGAAGGUGAAGAAGUUCAGGUUGCAUGUGGAGGAAGGGGACAUACUGUAUGCCAUGUAUGUCCGCCAGACCGUACUCAAGGUCAUCAAGUUCCUGAUCAUCAUUGCCUAUAACAGCGCUCUGGUUUCCAAAGUCCAGUUUACGGUGGACUGCAACGUUGACAUUCAGGACAUGACUGGAUACAGAAACUUUUCUUGCAAUCAUACCAUGGCACACUUGUUCUCAAAACUCUCCUUUUGCUACCUGUGCUUUGUAAGCAUCUACGGAUUGACGUGCCUUUAUACCUUAUACUGGCUCUUCUACCGUUCGCUAAGGGAAUAUUCCUUUGAGUACGUCCGGCAAGAGACUGGGAUUGAUGAUAUUCCUGACGUGAAGAAUGACUUUGCUUUUAUGCUUCAUAUGAUAGACCAGUAUGACCCUCUCUAUUCCAAAAGAUUUGCAGUGUUCCUGUCUGAAGUCAGUGAAAACAAGUUAAAGCAGCUGAACUUGAAUAACGAGUGGACUCCGGAUAAACUGAGGCAGAAGCUACAGACAAAUGCCCACAACCGACUGGAACUGCCUCUUAUCAUGCUCUCUGGCCUUCCAGACACUGUUUUUGAAAUCACAGAGUUGCAGUCUCUGAAACUUGAAAUCAUUAAGAACGUCAUGAUACCAGCCACCAUUGCGCAGCUAGACAAUCUGCAAGAGCUCUCUCUGCACCAGUGCUCCGUCAAAAUCCACAGUGCGGCUCUGUCUUUCCUGAAGGAAAACCUCAAGGUCCUGAGUGUCAAGUUUGAUGACAUGAGGGAGCUGCCGCCCUGGAUGUAUGGGCUCCGGAAUCUGGAAGAGCUCUACCUGGUUGGCUCCCUAAGCCAUGAUAUUUCCAAAAACGUCACCCUCGAGUCUCUGCGGGAUCUCAAAAGCCUUAAAAUUCUCUCCAUCAAAAGCAACGUCUCCAAAAUCCCCCAGGCGGUGGUGGACGUGUCCAGCCACCUGCAGAAGAUGUGCAUCCACAAUGAUGGGACCAAGUUGGUGAUGCUCAACAACCUGAAGAAGAUGACCAACCUGACUGAGCUGGAGCUGGUCCACUGCGACCUGGAGCGCAUCCCGCACGCCGUGUUCAGCCUGCUCAGCCUCCAGGAACUGGACCUGAAGGAAAACAACCUCAAGUCGAUAGAAGAAAUCGUCAGCUUUCAGCACUUGAGAAAGUUGACUGUGCUCAAACUGUGGUAUAACAGCAUCUCCUACAUCCCAGAGCAUAUCAAGAAGCUCACCAGCCUGGAGCGACUGUCCUUCAGUCACAACAAAAUAGAGGUGCUGCCCUCCCACCUCUUCCUAUGCAACAAGAUCCGAUACUUGGACCUGUCCUACAAUGACAUUCGAUUCAUCCCACCUGAAAUCGGAGUUCUCCAAAGUUUACAGUAUUUUUCCAUCACUUCUAACAAAGUGGAAAGCCUACCAGAUGAACUCUACUUCUGCAAGAAACUCAAAACUCUGAAGAUUGGGAAGAACAGUCUAUCCGUACUUUCACCCAAGAUUGGGAAUUUACUGUUUCUUUCCUACUUAGAUGUUAAAGGCAAUCACUUUGAAAUCCUCCCCCCUGAACUGGGCGACUGCCGGGCUCUGAAACGAGCUGGGUUAGUUGUGGAAGAUGCUCUCUUUGAAACUCUGCCUUCUGAUGUCCGGGAGCAAAUGAAAACAGAAUAACUUAUUUUUGGUUCAAGUUUGACUGAAACACGCUUCUACCAAAUACAGUAUAAAUAAUUAGGCACUCUUAAUGCCUUUCCUAUUUUAUUUUUUUUCUUUUUCACACAAAACAAAAUGUACACAAAGUUCAAGUAAGGAGUAUGUAUUUUUUAAAUAAAAAUUUAAUUGUAUUUUUUCAAUAUUAAUAUUUUAAAGUUUAUUUCUCUUGGAACCUAUUGUAUCUAGUAUUGUUUUCUACUGACAGCAUCAGAUGGUUCCAUGUGUUUUUUGUUUUGUUUCAUUUCUUCGGUUUAUUCUUGUGAAAGGGAGGGAGUUCUAAGUUGCAUGCAUUUUGGCAUUUUUUAAAUGGAUGAAGUUGUUUUGCCAAGGUUGCUUUUCGUUUGUUUACACCUGUGUACAGGGUCCCUAUUUUGGCUUUCGUUGCGUGAGAAGCACGGAGUCUGUGCUCGUUACUUUGAGACCAGCUGCCUUCUCCAGGGCCACGCCCUUCGUCCUGCAGCACUCUGCUCUGGAGUGCAGACUCACACAAGUGCAUUGCCACACAGUAUUGGUGUUCAGUUCUUCCCCAGCCUCCAGCAGAACCCUCGAGUGCACUGCUUCUCAGGCCUGACAGCGACGGUUUUCCUUAGACAAGGACUUUGUGAGGGGUGGAAAAAAAUGCUUGAAUUGGUCACUUACAGUUUAACUGAUUUGUGUUUUUAACCAACCUGUAAAAAAUACAAUUUGGAAACUCAAUACAAAGGCUCCCCCCAUCCUUAACAAUGCUUUGUAGUAUUGGUGAAUAUCCUUCAGGAAACCUGAUUGAGUCUAAUAUUCUAGUAGGCAAUUCAAUUUUAAAAUCAUAGGAUUAGGAGCCUGCAUCUUUGAGUAAUUCAAUCAGCCUUGAUAUCUUGAUACACGGAUGCAUCAGACGGGAAAAAUGGCACUACUCAAGCCCUUUGUGACAGAGCCACUGUGCUCCAGCCAACCCUCCCCUCCCUCUGGGUGGUGUGGCAGUGGUACUCUACCCACAUUCUGCCUGUUGCAGAGUAACCCACUUACAUCUGUAGUAAUCGAUGUCCCUCAAACCUGCCCUCGCUGUGAAUGCUUGCGAUGCAAGCACAGGAACCCUUUCUGCUCUCUGGCUUAAAGUAGGUCUCUCAUCUGGAAUGAUUCUAUGACUUUAUUCAAAGGAUGAAUAAAUGGCUAAGAGGUUGCCACUGAGCAAUAAUUUUA